GCUUUCAUUUUCACCAUCUUCUUUAUUCUUUCUUUGCAAGAAAGUUCAGUGUUUCUUUAUCAAUCAAAGAAUGAGCACUAUCAACAAUAACACCAAUUUAGUUGAGUCUUCAAUCGUGAACGGAGGUUCUGAGUACAUUGAUUUUAGCUUUGCUUUCAAUGACUCUAGUUUUUCGGAUAGAAUCAUUCAUCUCGAAAUCAUGAACGAUUUCAUUGAAGUUCACCCUAAUGCCGACUCGACUAGACACAGCGAAAGGAGAAGGGAAGACAUUCAGAAAGACAAUGAUUUAUUAUCGGACCAACCUGAUGUAGACGACUGUGCGCUGCAUGAGCCUCAAGAUGUAGAGGCAGAUGCAAUGGUUGAAGUUUUCACGGCUGGAGAUGAGGCUGCAAAUCUUCACCUGGACUACUCUGCAGUGGUUAAAGUGAAAACAGUGUAUGUCAACUCCGCCAUCCUAGCUGUGAAGAGCUCGUACUUCUACAAGCUCUUCUCUAACGGGAUGAGGGAGUCACCGCAGAAGCAUGUCCCUCUGAGAAUUUUUGCAUCCGAGGAAGCUCCAUUCAUGGAGCUUCUAGAAUUUAUGUACAACAAACCUCUGAACAUAACCUCACUGCCCAGAUUGCUGGACGUCUUGCUAGCAGCAGACAAGUUUGAGGUGGCAACAUGCAAGAGAUAUUGCAGCCAGGUAUUACUGAACACACCCAUGACACCGGAGUCUGCGGUGCUCUACCUAGAGCUUCCUUAUACUAUCCUGAUGGAUGAUGAUGUUCGGCCAUUGGCUGUAGCAGCAAAAAAUUAUCUCAUUGCUCGUUACAAGGACGUCACCAAGCAUCAGGAGGAGCUGAUGGGAUUGCCACUUGCUGGGGUCAUGGUAUUAUUAUCCAGCGAUGAGCUGCAGGUCGCAUCUGAGGAUGAAGUGUACGACUUUGUACUGAAAUGGGCUCAAACCCAGUACCCAAGACUUGAAGAGAGGAGCGAAAUUCUCAGAGCAAAGCUUAUCCCCUUCAUCCGCUUCCGGUACAUGACCUGCCACAAGCUGAAGAUGGUCCAGACUUGUAACUACUUCGACCAUAAAUUCGCUUCUAAGCUAGUAUUUGAGGCCUUGUAUUUCAAGGCUGAAUCACCACACCGGCAACGAAUACUAACUGCGGAGUCGGCUUCCACUAACCGCCUCUUCAUUGAGCGGGCAUACAAGUACCGCCCUGUAAAGGUUGUGGAAUUCGAAGUUCCUUAUCAACAGUGUGUAGUCUACUUAGACCUGAAACAGGAGGAGUGCGCCAACAUGUUCCCCUUUGGGCGCAUCUAUUCACAAGCCUUCCAUUUAGGCAGUCAGAGGUUUUUCUUGUCUGCUCACUGCAAUAUGGACCAGCAGAGCUUCUACCAUUGCUUCGACUUGUUCUUGGGCAUGCUGGAGAAGGGCUCUGCCAGCUGCAAUGUCGAUUUUGAAUUUUCUGUUCGGUCGAAGCCAACCUUAGAAUACAUCAGAAAGUAUAAAGACAACUGUCUAUUAAGCGGGGAAAGUGCAGUCGGUUCCAGGAACUUUUUUGCUACACCAUGGACAUCGUUCAUGGCGGAGGACAGCCUCUUCUUUAUUAACGGCGUUCUCCAUCUUAGAGCAGAGCUAACAAUCAGGAAUAAGCUGGAUUUACAAUAGUAAAUUUAGUCUUAUUUUGUAGCACUUUUUCUUAUUUCUGUAAUUAUUUAGUUGUAAUAUAUAGUUCAUCAGUAGAAAAUAUCCUGCAAUCCAGGUUUGGCCCAG